UAGUAGCAACUCUUCUCUGUUUGAUGGCAGUCACUCAGGCCAACUUCACCGUCAAACAGAUGGAAAAGAUCCACUCAUCGUUUGUGAACUGCACGACCAACUUGAACAUCCCCGAGAACACCGUCCACUACGAGCAGAUCACCGUUACCGGAAACCUGACCGUCAAGGAUCCGAUGUACAAGCGAAACCUGCUGUGCCUGAUGCAGGGCAUGCAUAUCGCCAAACCGACCGGCGACAUUGACAUGUCGAACAUGCGGGAGUUCCUGCGGGAUGGCCACGACGAAAAGUCGCUGGGGGAAAUGCUGGAAGUCUGCGCCAAAACGGCGAAGGGCGCGACUCCGGAAGAGAAGGCCUACCAGUUUCAUCAGUGCUUCUGGUCGCAGGAUAAGUUUGUGGUGUGAUGGGUUUGACGGUGAAAUCAAGAUUUGCUGUGUUAAAAUAAAUAAAAUUGAAAAUAAAACAAUACUAGGAAGGAGGAUCCAUAAUCUAUGCUUGAAAAAAUAAUAACAAUCACGCACUCGUGCUAGGUCAGUAACUGAUA